AUGACCGACCAGCCGAUUCGGCGGCUGUUGAUCGCCAACAGAGGCGAGAUUGCCGUCCGAAUUAUCCAGGCUGCGCGCGAAUUCUCUCCGUCGAUUGAGACUUUUGCGCUGUACACGGAAGAUGAUCGCUCUCAUUGCGAUAUUGCUCAUCCUCAUCACCUUCUGCCAUUGCCCUCCCCGGCAGCGUAUUCCGACGUUUCGCUUCUCGUCGGUCUUGCUCGCAAACAUGACAUCGACACCGUCCAUCCAGGCUACGGGUUCCUCAGCGAGAGUGCUGACUUUGCCAGUCGACCUGGAGCCGCGAUCUUGAGGCGCACGGGCGAUAAAUUGCAGGCAAAGCAACUGGCGGUGCAAUGCAGUGUCCCUGUAUUGCCAGCCAUCCCAAACGCUACUUCCGACAUGGCGGAGAUCCAGGCCUUCGCACAUCAGGUCCACUACCCUGUUAUGAUCAAGGCAGUGGAUGGUGGUGGAGGGAGAGGAAUUCGCCUGGUCCGUCAAGAGCACGAACUGGAGAACGCCAUUCGCGCAGCAACGAACGAAUCGCCGUCCGAAACAGUCUUUGUAGAGAAGGCCGCCGUCGACGGAUUCCAUCAUAUCGAGGUGCAAGUGAUUGGCGACGGUACUGACGCCCGCCAUCUCUGGGAGCGCGACUGCAGCGUCCAGCGGCGGUUCCAGAAAAGCGUGGAAAUCGCACCGUCGUUAAUCCCAAACCGAGGCUUGCUCCAGCAGGUCAUCGAUGCAGCGUUACGCAUGGCAAAGACGAUUGGUUAUCGGUCGCUAGGGACGGUUGAAUUUCUGGUCCACGAACGACGCAGCGAGUUUUACUUCCUCGAAAUCAAUCCCCGUCUGCAGGUGGAACACACCGUCACCGAGGCCAUCACAGGGUUUGAUUUGGUGCAGGCCCAGUUCCAACUCGCUCAAGGACGUUCCUUGUCUCAAAUUGGCUUGGGAGGCAAUCCCGCAGUCCCCAAACAUGGACAUUCUAUUCAACUACGACUAUGUGCGGAGGAUCCUCGUAGGGGAUUCUCGCUCAGUAUGGGGAAGAUCACCGAGUUUCUGGUGCCUACUGGACAUGGCGUCCGUCUCGACACGCAUGUAGGUACGACCGGAUCGAGCGCGGUGGUUGUGGGUGCGCAAUUCGAUAAUCUCCUGGCGAAGAUCAUUGUCGCGGCAUUCAGCUGGGAGGCAGCAGUGUCCAAGGCCCGCCGAGUGCUCACCGAUACCAGGGUUUCCGGGGUGCAGACCAACCUCGACCUCUUGCGCGGAGUUGUUGAGCACGAAGACUUUUUAGGGGGCAGCACCGAUACGCAGUGGCUCGAGAGACAGCUCCACCCAGCUCUUCAACUGGGGGAAAACAUUUCACAGGCAAUCAGCCAUGGGGUCUCCCAGCCAUCGUCACGGACUACUGCACCCCCUACCCUUCCCAGUUCGAGCCUGUUGUUCCGGCGCGGAGACGCCUGGUCUCUUGCCCUCGAGCCAUUAAAUACGGUCGCCGAGCCGAGAGAGCAACAUCAUCUACAGCUCACUCGCGUUCUCCAAAAUGACUUUCCCGCCUCGAUGGCGGCGGAAGUCGAAUACACCACGCCUUCUUCCAAGGCGACAUAUCGACUGCAGCUGAAGACAACCUCGACGGCGACGGCUGCCUUGGUUUCGUCCUCUCAUCGACGCGGCGACACGGACAACCCUCGACAAAUCGUGCUCCCGUUGUCGGGAAAGCUGAUCGAGGUGCUGGUUGAGCCUGGACAGAUGAUCGCCGAGAACCAGGUCGUGGCAUUUGUCCGACAGAUGAAGAUGGAGCUCGAAGUGCGCAGUCCGCGAACAGGGCGAGCGCGGUGGGUUUAUGAGAUGGAGGAGGAGGAAGACCGACUUUUACGACUUUGUGUUAAAUUCUAUAAACUCCCCAAAAUGAAAGACACCCUCUCCCUGUACAUCCUCACCUUCAACUGCGCCCGAAACCCUGUCGACGUCGACCGGUUCGCCCCCCAUUUCUUCGAUGCGCUCCCUACGACCGACGAUGCCAGCUCGCUCUCGCCGCCCGAUCUCAUCGUGCUCAGCCUCCAGGAGGUCGCUCCGAUCGCCUAUGCCUUCCUUGGCGGCUCCUUCUUGACCCCAUACUUGAGCGCAUUUUCCCGGCUGGUGGAUCGCGCGGUGGCCCGGCACUGGGCGUGCCAUUACGUCACGGUCGCGACGGAGAAUGUCGGCAUGACAGGCCUCCUGGUGUUUGCCCGGUCGGACGUAGCUGACGACGUCGCAUCUGUUGAUACUGCCGGAGUCGGCCUGGGAGUCCAGCAAAUGGGCAACAAAGGCGCCGUUGGCGCACGGCUGGCCGUCGCGAUGCCCAACGCAUCCGACCACACCGCCGAUCUCACAUUCAUCGCCGCUCACCUGGCCCCCAUGGAGGACGCGAUAUAUGGCGAGGACGAUGUCUUGCCGAGAGUCAUCUCUCGGCGGAUAAGAGACCCCGAAGACCUCUUGACCAGGCAGGAAGACUCGGCUCGGCUCGCUCAUAAUUACUCUCGGCCUUUCAGCCGAUCAUCUAGUGUCCGCACGAUCGUGGGUGUUCCCAAGGAGCAGACCGGCAGUACGAUCGUGUCCUCGCCGUCCUCGAUCCCGAUUCUCCAAAAACCAUCGGGCGGCACCCCCGAGAAGGCCUUCUCGCCUGUUCGAGGUCGCAAGCGAGACAAUAAUCCCACGUCGGCCCCGAUGCAGCUGCGGCCGAGCAACCGUAUUUGGUACUCCGUUUCGCCGACCCCCAAGCGAGACGCGAGUGAGUUCCAGCAAAGAAUGGCCGUCGGCGGAAUGUACGACCGAUACCAGGUGAAACGGUCCCCGGUUCCUCACGACAGCAAAACUCUCUACGUGCGAUCCGCCCGCGGCCGUCGCGACGGGGGGCGAGUGACCAACGAGAACCUGAAGGCCGAGCAGGAGCAGAGCGACUUCAAAGACUCCCUGCGUCAGCCCCCGAGCAUGGGGUCCCCCAUCUCCAGCAAGCGCAUGGUGGAACUGUUCUUGAACAGCCGUCGUCAACAGAUGGGAACGGGCAUGUCGGACGACGACACUACCUCCGAGGGGGCUUUUAUUUAG